GGGCAAAAUGGCGUUUUUGUAGUUGUAAAGUGGUAGUGACUGAAACAUUCGUACUAAAAAAAUAAGAAAAAUUCUUUACUAUUGGAUAAUUUUCAUUGAAAGAAUCUCAUUAAAUACUAAUUAAUAUUAAGUUAAGAAUAACAAAAAUACUGCAGAAAAUCUUACAGAAUGUGAAAGAAGAAAGAAAAUGAAAUUAUUGUUAAAGUAUAUCUAAGGCAAGAAAGACACACUCAGAAAUGAAAAAGUUAAAUACACACAUCAUUAAGAAGAACUAAGAAAAAAAUAGUUCUUAAAAGUAUAAUUAAUAAAUUUAAGCAAUAUAAUUAACUAAUAUUUGUUAACAAAGAUAAAAACAGAAAAAAGUUAAUGGUUUCAAAUGGUAAAAAUGUGUUAAAAAUCAUUGUGGCCCCAAACCAACGACCUCAAUUAAUAAAUUUUGUAUGUUUGUUGUUUUUGUAUGUCAACCUCCAAUGGACAUAAAAAUGUUGUGUGUCACCAAUUAAGGUGCUGCUGCCGUGUGAAGUGUUUGCUGUGUGUAUUGACUGCAAAAAACGAAGAAAAAUUAAAGAAAAACAUUUUUUUAUUAAAGUGCAAGUGAGGAGUUUUUUACUUUUCUGCAAUUCACUUUUUUCCUACUAGAUUUUGUAAGUGCAACAAAAGAAACUCAUAGUAAUUACAACUACGAAGUGAAAUCAAAGAAAAGGGAGAAUUAGUGGAAAACAAAGAAAAAGAAAAGUAAAUUUAGUGCAUUAUUGAAAAGUGAAUUAAUUUGUAUAAACAAAUAAUGUAUUGUUUUGUAAAUUUAUGUUAUUGAAAUUUGUUUUCCUGUUUUUUUUUUUUGCAUUGUUAAAAUGAGGCCAGAAGGAAAAUUUCUUUUAAUUUUGUGUAGUAAUUCUCAUUUAAUGGCGAAAUAAAGUUUGUCUUACCUAUAGAUCCGCACUCGGAAUGAAUUGCUAAUACAGACGGCCAACACCUAAUUUAACAUUUAACGUUGUUAUGGCAAAUUAGUCUUCUGGUAUCAACUCUGCGAAAAGGGUGCUAGUUUUUUAAUAAAAAAAAUAUUAAAAAUUUGUCUCCACAAAAUUGAAGUUUCAACAAUUGAUUUAUCAGAGAAAGUUAAAAAAAAUCUAAACUUCAUCAUGGAACUAAAAGUAUGGGUAGAAGGUAUACAACGUAUUGUUUGUGGAGUUACGGUGAAUACAACAUGUCAAGACGUUGUUUUUGCUUUGGCACAUGCUACGGGCAAAGUGGGACGUUUUACUUUAAUAGAACGUUGGCGUAAUAAUGAAAGGCUGCUGGCACCAAAUGAAAAUCCUUUAAAAUUAUUAUUAAAAUGGGGUGAAUAUGCCAAUGAUGUACAAUUUAUAUUGCAACGUUCAGAAAGUAAACAGCAACAACAGCAGCAGCAACAUAUGAAACAAGAAAUGCAUCAACAACAACAACAGAAUACAACUAAUAAUACUAAUAAUAACAAUAGUAAUAAUAUUAUUAAUAAUAAUAACAACAACAAUAAUAAUAACAAUGAAAGCACAACUGUGAUGUUAAAUAAAAAACCUUUGGGUUUAAGCAAUAUUAAUAACAACAACAACAAUAAUAAUAGUAAUUUAAAUAAACAAAACUCUAAUAAUAGUACUAGUAAUACAAUUGAUAAUGCAUUAAAUGCUAAUACAACAAUAACUGCAGCAGCUACUACACAACAACAGCAACAACAUCAAAAACCUUUAACCAUGGAAUUGAGUUUGAAUGCAGCACAUGAACGAGCCAAAGAAUUAAAGAAAAGUUUUGGUGCCGUUCAUGAUGCAAAAUACUCUGAAAAUAUUGGUAUUGUUAAGGGUAUACCACAACGCAAUAACAACAGUAACAACAACAACGUAACGGCGACUGCUGCUUCCACAACAAAAAACACAACAACCACUACAUCAACAACAUCUUUAAUACCACGUCAUGAAAAAUCUCAUUCAAAUCCCAUUGAAAUGCCCUCAAAUACUAGCAGUGCUAACAAUAACCUUGGACAUUUUGAUGCUGGUAAUAUUUUAUUUAAAGGAAAUGGUGCUUAUCAAGAACAAAACAACAAUAAUAACAACCAUAAUAAUACAACAAAUAAUAUUUAUCAACAAUUGGGUGCUCAUAAUAGUAAAUCUAUAAAUGAAAUUAAUUUAGCUGAAGUACGUAAUGCUUUAGAUCGUCGUAAUAUGCUAACAACAACAACAACAACGAAUAAUGCUACUACUGUUUCAAACACAAACCAAAACUCAAGUAUGAGUGGUAGUGCUGAAAUAAUAUUUAGUAAUACAAAACAACCAACUUUAAAUAUGAAUAAUUCGAAUCAAAGCAACGAAAAUCUUUUAGAUAUAUUUAAUGGCAAUACACUAGCAACUAUAACAACAAAUGGCAAUAAUUCUAAUACAAAUAAUAAUGCAAAUAGUAAAUUUUCACCUAAUUCACCUAAUGAUUUAUAUAAACAAGCUACUACUAUAUCGGCUAAUGGUGCUUUAGUGCCACCACCCUAUAGAGAUCCACCACCGCCACGUAAUAGUCCUCUACAGCAGCAACUAAAUUCAAAUUUCUCUUCACAAUCGGUUUCACCACAACAUCCAGCCAAUGCUUUAUAUUCCAAUCAACCAUUGUCACCCACUAUGCAACAACAACAACAACAAUCAGAUUAUGCCGACUAUGCGGAUUAUCAGCAAAUAAAUGAUUUAGUUUUACCCACAAAUAUGGAUGAAAGUGAAAGUAUUUUCCAGGCCACACAAUACAAUGAUCUGCUACAAUUGAUUAAGUUUCAACGUGAAAAAAUCAAUCAACAACAAAUGGAAUUGAGUAAAUACGAUGCUGAAAUUGUUUAUUUAGAGUCUAAGGAACGUGAUCAGGCUCAGGAAUUAGAAGCUAUAUCAAGAGAAAUCACUAAAGCUGAUCAAUUGUUUCGUCAAGGCAGUGAACAGUUGCAAACUUUACAAUAUGUUGAAGAGGAAAAUGAAUUGGUUAAACAACAAGAGAAAACUCUUAAGUCCGAAAUUGCUUUGUUACGUUCGAAAUUGGCCAAUUGUGAAACGGAGCUGUUGCAGUGUAAAAACAAAAUACGUUUACUAAUGGAUGACAUAGAAAUCGAACAGAGAGCCAUUACAAAUUCUAAGCAGAAUAUAAGACAAAAUGUCGAACGUGACUUCCUAAUGGAAAUGGAGCGUAUACAAACUGAUAUUGAUCAAGCCAUACACAAUACUGAUUCCUCUAAUAAAACAGCUGAAAGUUUGAAAAAGGAAAUUUUGCUAAUAGAAACUGCUAUAGCAGAGAAGAAGAGACAGGUGGAGCAAUUGGUUAACGAAAUGAAAGAGGUAAAUCUACAAAGUUUAACCGUAACAACAUCAGAGGAAAUUAAACAUUUAUUGGAAGGUUCUAAUAAACCUGGCAGUAGUCGACGUAUAAUAGGUUCACCAAGACAAUUAGAAAAUGCUGUACCAACUAGUAAAAAUCCUCAUGGAGUUUGGGUUUAAAUGGAGAAAAACUUUAAAUAACUACAAUAACUAAAUUUUCUUCUCUAAUAGUUUUUGUUUAAUUAACAAAGAAACAACAGCAAACAACACAACAAGAAAAACUAACGAACUUAUAGAAAUAUAUAGAAAUAAACAAAAAAGGGAACAAAAUAUAAUGGAAUACACAAGAUGUAUGUAUUAACCGAAACAUAUCGAUUUAACACAAACAAACUACAGCUUACAAAAACAAACAACUUAAAAAAAUAAGAAAAAAAAAAUAAAAUAAACAAGAAAUUUAUAUUCAAAAUUUUUGACAAAUAAUUAAAAUAUUUAAAAGAUUUACUUUUGAAAAUUGCUAAAACUAGUAAACAUAUUAGUUGAUGUAUUAGUUAUUUUUUUUUAUUCCAUCAUAUCUAUAAACAAAAAGACGAUCUCUUUACAUGUAUAUCUUAAACAUAUUAUUAAUGAACAAAAAACACAAAACUUCAUCAUAUCAAGAAAAAAAUUUAACAAACAUUCCAUUUUAUUAUUCUAACACAAAUUUUUGUUAUUUUAAACAAAUUUAAUUUUUUAUACAUAAUUCUAAUUUUACUUACUGCCUUUUUGGAAACAAAUUUACUGUUUAUGCUUAUUUUUUUUAAACACACAAAAGUUCAAAUUUUUUUACACUUUUUGCAAACAAAUUUAUAGGGAAGUAUUAAAUAAAAUUUAUUUUUUUAUUUAGCCAUUGUUUGGUGUCGAAUUUGUUUGUUGAGAAUUUUAUGUAUUUAAUUAAAAUUUAAUUACUUUGACAUUAUUUUAUUAUUUUUUUUUUGAGUUUUGUGUUAAAGAAAUAGUAUUAGUCGACAUCAAACAAAACUAUCGAAUUCUCUAGUUAUAUACAUUUCACAUUUUUGCUGACUAUUUCAACUCACAAGUUUUCUAUUAAACGAAAAUGGAAACAAAAAAAAUGCUAAUCCCAAAAUGCUCUAUAGAAAAGAGAAAAUUUCUGAAAGUUGUCUUUAAAAAGAAAUUUCUAUAGAAAAAUUUUAGUUUA